CUCCUUCAGUUUACCGCCUUCUUUCUCGCUGCAGCCUUGUCACUUCUUAUGUUGGUCGCGGCGGCCCGAGCCACCAUGGUCGCGUGGAUAACGGUGCUUGUUCUGUUGGCUUUCUCGGGUACACGGCGACGUGUUCUGGCACGGAGAGGGAAAACAAUCACCGCGGAUGUGGCGAUGUGCUUGUUCAGGGUUCUGUUUAGAGAGGCAGAUCCUCGCGGUUAGUCUCUUGAU